CUGAGCUAUUGAGGACCGGUGCCAGAUAAAAUCGAGCUCUUCUCAUGGCGGAUCUGUAAUUGAGCUCGUCAGCUGCUCGGAAUAUCUACCAGUUCCAUCGGAGCAUCGGCGAAAUGGACGCAGAGAAUGGAGAGGAGUCAUCAACGGUGGCCGGCCUGCUUUCCCUCGGCUCGGCCUCGCAGCAGCCGUACGUCUCAGAGCUCCUCUCCUUCACUCUCGAUCGUCUCCACAAGGAACCGGAGCUUCUGCGUGUGGAUGCGGAGAGGAUACAGAGGCAAAUGCAGGAGGUGGCGGUGGGGAAUUACCGAGCCUUCAUUGCCGCUGCUGACGCCUUGCUCGCGAUCCGGGAAGAAGUUUCCUCCAUCGACAAGCAUCUCGAGUCUCUUAUAAGUGAGAUUCCGAACCUGACAUCUGGUUGCUCAGAGUUCAUUGAAUCAGCGGAAGAGAUAAUGGAGAAGAGGAAAAUGAACCAGACUUUGCUAGCCAAUCACAGCACUCUGCUUGACUUGCUCGAAAUCCCUCAGCUUAUGGACACAUGUGUGAGAAAUGGAAAUUAUGAUGAAGCUCUUGAUCUAGAAGCCUUUAUUUGCAAACUUUCGACGAUGCACCCCAAAUUGCCUGUUAUUCAAGCACUGGCUGCAGAAGUUAAGCAGACCACCCAAUCUCUUCUUUCUCAACUCCUUCAGAAACUAAAAUCGAAUAUUCAGUUACCAGAAUGUCUUCGGAUAAUUGGAUACUUACGACGAAUAGGAGUAUUCAGUGAGUAUGAAAUGCGGUUGCAGUUUUUAAGAUGUCGAGAGGCAUGGCUCACUGGAAUCCUUGAGGACCUGGACCAGAGAAAUGCUUAUGAGUAUCUCAAAGGGAUGAUAAAUUGUCACAGGAUGCAUCUUUUUGAUGUUGUUAACCAAUAUCGAGCAAUUUUUGCUGAUGAUACAUCUGGAAGUGAGGAGAACUACGAUGGUGGCCUUCUUUUUAGCUGGGCUAUGCAUCAGAUUACCUCACAUCUUAAAACUCUGAAAGUCAUGCUUCCCAAAAUAACUGAAGGAGGAUCUCUGUCAAAUAUUCUGGAUCAGUGCAUGUACUGUGCUAUGGGGCUUGGUUGGGUUGGGCUGGACUUCCGGGGCUUGCUUCCAUCACUUUUUGAAGAGGCAGUUCUUAAUUUGUUCUCAAAGAAUAUGAGCACAGCAGUCGAGAACUUUCAGGUGGUCUUGGAUUCUCAUCGGUGGGUCCCGCUCCCAGCCGUUGGUUUCUCAGCCGGCAGUGUCAGCGAAGAAAGUCAGGAAGAUAUCAAUCCCCCUUCUUAUCUGAUGGAACAUCCUCCCCUUGCAGUGUUUGUUAAUGGUGUCUCUGCAGCAAUGAACGAGCUACGACCCUGUGCUCCAAUUAGCUUGAAACAUAUUCUUGCACAAGAGCUUAUUAAGGGUUUACGGGCUGUUUCUGAUUUGCUACUGAGAUAUAAUUCAAAUCAUAUGCUUAGAGAAAGUGAGUCGGGUCUCUUUCUAUCUCUUUGCCGAGCAUUCAUUGAGGUUGCAUAUCCACAUUGUGCCACUUGUUUUGGCCGCUGUUAUCCCGGUGGAGCUGCCAUCAUUAUGGAUGCAAAAGGUCUGUGCCAAGGAGUAAGCCGCCUCCUUAUGGUGUCUCCUGCCAGAGAAAUACCCAGACCCCUAAAUCAUGCUGAAGAAAGAACCGUUCCCGAGAAUGGUGAAACCCCAGUUUUAGAGAACGGGGAUUCUCCUGGUGUCCCAGACGAGCCACUGGUCACCAACUCAGAUGGAAAUGAGAAACCAACUCCAGGGACCGACGAAAAUCAGCAGGAUGUAUGAGUUUAUAGGAACAGCAGACGAAUCGGGCCCGCGUUAAAAUUUUGGAGUUCUACAUUCUUUCUAUUGUUUCCGAUACCCUAGGUUUUCCCUGUUGAGGUUUGUAAGUAACCCAUCAAAUGGCAAACUCUCGCCGAAAUAUCUCUUGUUAUAAAGUCUGUAACAUAAAGGAAGCACAUAUUGUGGACUUACAUCGUAGCACAAAGAACCUUUUUUUGUUUUUUUGUUUUUUUUUUUUCUGUUUUCCUUGAAAAUUGUAUCUCACAAGAAAGGGAGACAGUGAACUCUGCCUUCGACUUGUAUCUGUUACAUAUGCUGCAACGAGGUUUACUCUUUUCCAGUA